AUGAUGACUGGUAAUAUAAACCCAGAAUAUCGAUAUAUAAGUAUUAUUGCUAAAACUUGGAAUGAAGUUUAUUUGGCUGAAAAUCUAUAGACGAAACAAAAAUGUUGUAUAAAGCAAGUGUUGAUCGAUGAGUAAUUGAAAGAGAGGUUUCAAUAGGAAAUAUAGAUCCUACAAAAAAUAAAGGCUCAUCCACAUCCAAAUAUCAUAUCCUUUGAGGAUAGCUUCUACUACGAGAAGGUAACAACGUAGGACAAAGUAUUGAUUUAUCAAUAAAAUGCAGUCAAUUACUUUCGGCUGUAUUGUAAUGGAAUUGGGUAUAACAAACUUAUAACAAUACAUCUAAUCAAAAAGAUAAUCAGAUCCAGAGUUCCGAUUCUAGGAGUAUGAAGUAGCAGACUUUUUUGUGACAAUGAUUAGAGCACAUUCACAUCUUUAAGAAAUUAAAAUAGCUCAUAGAGAUAUCAAACCAGAAAAUAUUAUAUUAAUCAACGAUGAAAAUUUAUUAUUUAAAGUUUGCGAUGUAGAACUUAGUAUUUAUUAUAUAGGUUGGUUUUGGUACUGAAAUUUUUGACGAAGAAUCAAGAUCAAGAACUAUUGGAGGAACUGUUGGAUAUUAAUCACCUGAAGUUUAUACAGCAUUUAAAAGAAGAAAGCCUUAAGCUAAAUAUAAUCCUUAUAAAAGUGAUGUAUUCUCACUAGGAUUAGUCUUUUUAUUAUUUUCUACUACUCAAACUAUUACUAAACAGGUAUAACAAUAUUCUUAUAUUUUAGUAAAGAGAAGAAUUGUUUGAUGAUGAAAUCAAACUCUUUAAUUACUUAAAAGAUUAAAGAAAGAAAGUUAAAGAAUUAUUUCCCAGAAUCAAAGGGGUUUCUAAAAUUCUAAAACUCAUGUUAGAAAUUUCUCCUGAUUAAAGAUUUGAUUUCUCUCAAUUAAGUCAAAUUAUUGAAGAAAGAUCUUAUUUAGAAGUUAAAUCUGUAAUUCAUUUCUUUUAAAUAGCCUGCUAAAAUUAAUCAUAAGCAUUUAUAAUCUAUUUCUAAAUUAGAAGAUUUUUAAUUGGAUAUUAAAAAUAAAGAAGAUGUUCAUUUAGAUUUGAAUGGAAUGUAAAAUAGAUCUUAAGAUGAAUUACUUAAAUUCUUAGAGACCAUUGCUCAACAAAUUAAAAAUUUUUAAAUGAUUACUUUAUAAAUAAAAUUAGAAAUGAGUUGUUUAAAUGUUAGAACAGUUGCUCCAAUCGAAAAAAUUUUGAGUAGAGCACAAAAAUUGAAAGAAUUACAACUGCAACUUUGGAAGUACAACAUUUUUUAAAUAGAUUUAUAGUAAUAAAUUAGGAAACUUAGGAUUGUUAUUUUUAACAAAAGCAAUAAUGAAAAUGAUUGAAUUAAAACGAUUAACUUUAGAAAUAUCUAAUAAUUUACUUUCAGAUGAAGGGAUUAAUAAUGCAUUACCUCUUUUAGAAGGAUUAGUUUAAAUGGAAGAGCUAAGAUUAGAUUUCGGAUUGUAUUAGUUCUAAAUUAAUUAAGAAAUCAUUUACCAAUGGAUUGUUGUGAAGCAUUUUUUUCGGUUAUAAAUGCUAUGCCUAAACUAAAAAAGCUUGAUUUAAAUCUAGAAAGUAAUUACAUGAAUUAAGUACUUUCGAAAUUAUUAAAUUAAUCUUUGAAAAAAUUACCACUCCUAACUCAUUUAAGCAUAAACUUUUCUAAGUAUUAUUAAAAUCUAAAUUUAGUAAUCCAAUGCAUAAUGAAGGUUUUUAUGAUCUAGGAGAGAGUAUAUCUGAAUUAGAGAAUUGUGAAUUGAUUCUUUGGGGUGCUCAAAUAAAAGAUUUAGGAGUUGAAGAAUUUGCUAAAGGAUUAUAAAAAUGUGAAAGACUAAAACAUUUAAAUUUAACUCUAUGGAACAAUCAAAUUACAAAGAAAGGUUGCGAAUCUCUUGGUUUUGUUUUACCAAAAUUAUCGAGAUUAAGUACUUUAGUAAUAGAUUUAUCCAAAAAUCGUAUAGAGGAUGAUGGAGUCAGAUUUUUGGCUAAAGCUAUACAUGAGAUGUAAUAACCCUUAAGAGAAUUAAAAUUUUGGAUUGAAAAGUAAACAAGUAUAUAAUUUAUUAAUAGUGUGUCUUGUACUUCUUUUGGAUUGAGAUAUGUGAAUAGAUUUUUAUCAACAUAAAAGAAAUUGAGGAAUAUCAGUUUGAAUUUUCGAUCAAAUUCUAUUGGAUUAGAUGGAAUGGAGUUACUAUAUAAUGGUUUUGGUUAAGCUACUUAGUUAGAAAUAGUUAAUUUGAUUCUUGAUCAGUAAAAGUGUCAUAAAAAAUUAGUAAUCCUUUAGGAGAUGAAGGUGUCAACACUUUGUUUAAGGGUUUAUGCAAGCUUAAAGAAUUGCAAAAACUAUUCCUAAGUCUUGAAAGCGUUCAAGGUUCUGGGAAUUCUGUAACAGUGAUGUUGUCUUCUAUAAAGUCAUGGACAGAACUCAAAGAGUUGCAUGUCAAUUUUUUAAAGUAAAUUAUUCAUAUCAUUUCUAUUAGAAACGAUACUGAUUGGGCUGAUGAUAUCAAUUUGAGAAACCGAUUGUUAGAAGUCUAGUCUAAUGCUAAAAUAAUUAUUGAAUUAAAAACUAUAAAUUAAUAGAUAAAGUGAUUAAUUAUUUGAUCUUAGGAUAUUUCAAUCUAUUUAUUUAUAAUUAACG